AUGAAUGGGAUAAAUAAUUGUCCCGAGGGCGAAACUCGCGACGUCAAAGAACUUGUCGUCAAACUAAUCGUCGCUCAUCUCACUGCCAUCAUCGCCUUUUGCCAUCUUCAAUCUCUCCGCAAUGAGCGCCUAGUCAGCAUCGAACCAGUACUAUUCCUACUGUCUCCGUUUACAGUCACCGUCCAAACAGCCCUCGGCCUAUGUCUCAUCCACUACUAUCUCAUCAAUAGCUUGAUCAGGUCACCUAAAUCUUGGUCCAGCCAUGUUCGUACUUAUACGCGACAGUGGAGCAUCUUGUUUGCAAGAAAACCACGGCCUGGACCCAAGAAAGACGAUGACAUCCGUUCUCAGCCUGCGGAAGCAUGCGUGAAUCUGGGGAGAUUGCUGGUCAUGUCUGGAACACUAUUCCAGUUCGUGGCGACCAUCUUUUUAUACAGACGAAGGUGGAAUCUUUAUGGCUGGGAGUCUCUCUCCAUCGUCGACCACCGCACGUUUGAGUUGUCUGUUGGCGGUGCUGCUGCUACAGUCUUGUCCAUCUUAUUGGUGCUCAGACUACCAGGCUUCGUUGAGGCUCCUUCAAUCCCGUAUACCCAAGAACACGGCACGACACCAGAGCAGAAACUUCUGUUCUGUCGUGGUGAUGCAAGACGUUGUCCCCAAUGGUACGCUCCAUUGUAUAUAUCCCCAUAUGUGUCAGGAACAACAGCGGCAACAUGGCUCUUGUGCGUCUUUUCUUCGACAUAUGAAGGCGAGUUGCGAUGGCUGAAGCACGUGGCCUAUCUCUAUACUCUUGUUUAUGAGGCCUUCAACGAGAGGCUUGGCCUCAAUAUGUCUGUCUGGUCAUUCUAUCUUGUUGCUGGCUUUUUGUUCGGCCUUUGGAUGGCAGCUGCAAAGAUUCUGACAAGGGUAACUAACACUGGCAUUGAUGAUUUCCUAAAGAAACAUCCCUGGGUAGCUUGGCCAAUCUUGAUCAUAGUGGGCACUGCGCUUCUCAGCUUCUUUUUCGUCUUCAUGUUUCUCAUCAUCACUUGUAUUUCACUGUUGGGUUUCGCUAUAUUGCCUGCUAUUUUAUCUGGUCCUCUUAGUAUUGGAUGGGCUAAAGGUCUGGAAACACAGAAUAUGUUCUCUCAGGUGCCCUUUGGGACGCGGGAUGAAACGACUGAGUGUUUAUUACUCUGGAAAGAUCCCGUGGCCGAUUAUCUAUGGUCACUUGUCUAA